CUGUUUUGCCUGCCUAUCUCUUGUUUUUUUUUGUUACUCAGACCAGAUCCGGGCUAAUAUAAAUACUCUGUCCUUUCUGUCUCUUUUUUUCCCCCUCCCACCCUCUUUUUUCUUCUAUUCUUUAAGUCUGCUUUCAUUCACUGUCUAUUUCUUUCUUUAGCCUUUGCACCACCAUAACUUGCACAUAAAACAAAACACACACACACAUACUUGAUCAUCUAUCCACACACACACAACGCACACAAUACAAUUAAUCAUUCACCCACACAACACAUAACACACAUUUUUAUCGUAACCAUGAACUCAGUUGCUUCUGACCGCUUUACCUCUUCCUCGCCCUCUCACAACAACAACAACGCCACCAUCAUCAACCACAAUAUCCCCCUGUCCACACCCUCCCGAAAGGCAUCCUCCGACCAAAGCAGCGGAAUGUCUCCGGACGCCUGCAACCGGACACCUCCGUCCAACAGAUCAACGAACAACCGUGGGUCCUGCUCUCCUAUCGGGACUCUGGCGAGGAGUAUGAACACCAGUCUUCUUCUCAACCGCGUGGACUCAAAGGAGCAGCAGCGCAAGCAGCCGCCUCCAUCGUUUGAUCCGCAGGCGUUUCAGUCGCCGUGCCGCGUCCAGGUUCUGACAAGACCCUUUGGGAUGACGGGCCUUCCGAAUACCAUCAAGGUUGUAAAGAAGCAUGCUCCGCUUACGGGGAGCGGGGUUGAGCCUAUAGCCCUUGGUGCGCUGGAGUCACAGACGAUGUCGGUGAGAAAGCGUGAGAGGCAGGCGGGUGAGGAGGACAGCCUGGUUGGUUCCUCGAUGCUUGGUGGGCUGGAGUCGCCGCUGAUGAAGAGGAAGCGCGUGAGUGAGGAGCUGCCUGGUUCCUCGGUGCUCGGCGGGUUUGGGUCGCCGCUGAUGGCUAGGAAGCGCAGAAGAGAGGAGUCACCUGGUGCUUCGACCACUGGUGACUUUGGCUCGCCAUCGCUGUUGGCAUUCUGGGGCCGUGGUACUGGCGCUGGCGCUGGUGCUGCGGGGAAGCCUCGUGGAUCUGCAUUUGCUGGAACGCCCAUGAGCAUGUCGAUGCUUCGCAAUGAAGCGGAAGAUGAAAAUCCGUUUGGUGAGAACUACAUUUCUCCAGGGGCCAUGCCGCGCACAGCGCCAGCACAGAUAUCGCAUCAGUUUUUGAUGGGCGACGAGUCGGCGUUGGAGUGCACACCCCUGAUGACGCAGAGCCAGCGCAUCAAGCGCCCUCGCACAGACACGGCAUUGCCGCGGUUCUCUGCGAUUCAGGAGGAGGACGACGACUUUAUCUUCAACAAUGUUCCAGAGGCUCUGCCCCUGGCGGUGCCCUCGCGGGACCGGUCAGUGUCGAACAGUCCCUCUGAGCGUGUGCAGGCGGCGUAUCAUCAGCUGCCAUGCAUGCCGGUGGAUUCAGAUACAAUCAUGCGGAUUGAGGCCAACACUAUGGUGGAACUCCUGUCGGGCAAGUACGAUGGGCUGUAUGAUGAAAAGAUCAUUGUUGAUUGCCGGUUCCCCUAUGAGUACCACGGCGGUCAUAUCGACGGGGCCACCAAUGCGCCUACGCAGGCGGCGCUGGAGCAGUUGCUUUUGAACCGGCCGGCGUCGGAUAAGCGUGUGGUGGUUGUUUUGCACUGUGAAUUUUCAAUUCAGCGGGCGCCAACGAUGGCGCGGCAUUUGAGGAGUCGGGACCGCGAGGCCAAUGCGCAUCGGUAUCCGCUGCUGAAUUACCCGGAGAUUUACGUGUUGCAGGGGGGGUACUGUAAUUUCUUCAAGUCUCGUGAGGUUAUGUGCGAGCCUCGUGGGUAUGUGGAGAUGAAGCAUGGAGCGUUUGUUGAGGAUUGCUCAAAGCUGAUGCAUCAGUUUAGCAAGCAGUUUAAGCGCGCCAAGUCGAUGAAUGAUGUUGGAUUAGGAUCAAGGGCCACCACAAUGGGGGGCGGUAGUGGAAGGGAUGUGAAGGCAGCAUUUAUGUCACCUACACCAAUGGCUAGAAAAUCAUCUACGAUGACUGUGCCGAUGCAUGAAAUGGAUACGGUGCCGGGGCCGAUUUUGACAAGGGGGAGUUUGGGAUUCUUGGCAACGUUGGAUUCUAACAAGGAGUUGCUCAAGAAUAGGAAGACUAUGGUGGAGAGGGAGAGACGGUUAGUUCGGACGCAGAGUGCCAGACCGAGCAUGAAAUUCAUGGACUUUAUGCAAAAGUUUUAAAAAUGAUGGGCUGUGUAAAAAAAACCUCCCAUUCAGAGUCCAUGUGUUUGUAAUAAUUAAUUAAUUAAUAUUUUUUAUAUUUCUCUUUCUCCCUCUCUUUC